GGUGCCAUGCCCUAGUGUCAACUGUCACUCGCCAUUGUUCGGACCCGGACGUUGUAGAUCGUUCGCGAGGUUGAUUUGUUUUUUAGUUUUCUCCGUAAUAAAGUUGUCCAAAAAAUCCCAAAUUUCAUAAUUCUCCCAUCGACUCAACCGGUUGCACGGGUGUCAAUUCCGAAUCUGCAGCAAACGUCUCCGCAGCCCAAAAUCCCUCUCCAAAUUCGUUGUGUCCGAUCCCUCUAAGAAAAUUUCCCGGUCGUGUUUUUCUGCUAUUUUUAUCGCCGGCGCCUCCGCGUUUCGUUGUAUCGUCAAAUUCACACGUUUCUAAUCUUCGAUAAGAGAUUUUGUGGCGAGUCAUUUGCUGGUGUUGAAGUGCUGACGGACUUUGUGCUUACGAAACUCGAGGAGUCGGCGUUUGUCGAAGGCACAGUGGCCGGUUGGAGUUUUCACUCGCGUUAACUUGGCAUUCCUCGUGUGUUGUGUGUUGAUGGAAAUCGACUAGUCGGAAAGAGGAUCCGUUCUCACGUUAGGCGAUUCCCGCAUCCUCGUCAUCCUAGUCACGCACGGAAUCCGUCUGUUCCGGAUAGGGGACGGGCCCUUCAUGGUGCUGCUGUGAAAUCGGAGACAGACGACCGCAAUGGCCACUUAUUACGAAAACACUCAAGUGUUCGACUUCAGCUGGAAGCAGGUUGUGCAGGCGUUUUGGAACAGAUACCCCAACCCGUCCAGCGCUCAUGUUUUAACAGAAGACACAAUCGAGCGAGAAGUUCGUGACGGCAAACUUUAUACAAGGAGACUCCUAUCAAAAACCAAUCAUGUUCCGAAAUGGGGCGAACGAUUCUAUAACUCAAAAUCUGUAAAAAUUCUUGAAGAUUCGGUGCUCGACCUGAAAAAACGAACACUCACAACUUAUACAAGAAAUAUUGGCUACAAACGAAUAAUGAGUGUUGAUGAAAAAGUUGAGUACAAAGAGAGAGAAGAUGGAAAGACUGUAGCCAUAAGAUCUGCUUGGAUAAGUUCACAAGUGUUUGGUUUCUCAAGGGCAAUCCGAGCAUUCGGUGUUGAACGUUUCAAGACCAAUUGCCAGAAAGCGACCAUAGGAUUCAAUCACGUCCUACUGAAGAUGUUUCCACAACAUUCCAUGGACAUUCAACACAGUCAAGCGAAAACCUCGACGUCCGUGAAAGAUGCUGCCAAAACCACUUACAAUAAAGUGAAAUCACAAGCGAGCAAAAUCUAUGAUGCAUAUUCCGUGAAAAAUUGAGACAACGAAGAAAGGCAAGGACGACAAUCAACCAAGGCACGGCCAUCGCAGCCAUAGGCAAACUAGGCUAGAAUCGUUCACCCUGUGAAAGACUAAAAACAUUCAAGAACAGUACAUAUGAGAUUCAACGGCGACCCAUUUGCUCCUUUUUCUUCACGAGUACCCUGAUCCUGACCAUCUGGAAGCUAAAAGUGUAUGAGGAAAAUCGUUGGAGCACUGCCUGCAUGCUCGAAUAAUUUGAUCCUGCCUGCACAACCACUGCACGUAAUCCGUCUUGAAUUUUAUUGUUACUGAAUGCAUCAAACUAGGGAAGUCGAUUGGUAAUGACGUACUUGCAAUACUUAGUGUUAUGAUAUUUUUACUCUAUAUCCAGCCGUGUUCCGACGCAUAUUUCGUGUAGUGAAGCGUUUUCCACAAGAAAUCGUCAGUGUAUAAUCUUUCAUUCCAAUUAAGUGAAGAAUGCAGUCCUUCUUUCUUUUCUAGUGAUGUAACUGCGAAAUAGUUUCAAAGAAUGUUUUUAGUCGGCUACAAGUAGCUAUUUGAGGUAGAGGUGUAAAAUGUAAUUUAAUAAUUAGAGCUUAUACUGUAAGAAUACAUAACACUAUUACUUCUCAACAAAAAGAAUGAAUUUGUAUAUUCAAAAUUUAUAUAUUUUUGUUUGAAUAAAUCUAAAAAUGUUAUGUUUAGUAGAACGGUAA